CCAGCCACCAGCCAGCCACCAGCCAGCCACCAGCCAGCCACCAACCAGCCAUCUAGCACGGCCUUCGUUGCACGCGCAGCUCAGCGCGCGGCUUUCUGGAAAAAAAUGAAGGCGCGCUCCGCUAGUGAAGUCCGGACAAGCGGAGGGUCCACCAGGUAGUCGCGUGACUCUCGAGCCGAGGUGUACCGUCAACCCGGAGUAUCGCGAAUUUUCAUUGACUGUGGCAUAGGGUCACACGUCACGGGUUCGACCCUAUACCCGAUACAGGACCCCGAAAAGAUAAGAUCAUCCCUCGGGCGAUGGGACGCACAUCCCGGUUAACAUAAGACACUAGUGUAUCCACUAGAGGAAGAGGAGGACAAGCCAGCAUCCCUACUGGAGUCUUCAUCGAUUUUACGUCAGUCGAUGAAUUCCUACCAAUAGAGAGUUAACUAAGGAUUUUACUCUCGCUCCUCCCACAAUACGUAGAUUCUUGUUUGGUAGAGACAUUAUCCGAGUGUCCGUCAAAGAAUCGACUUAUUAAUCGUCUGAUUAAGAAGCGCGAGUGUUUACAGAAAAUCUAUUGAGUUGUAAGGUUAAGAAAGUUGUGUCGUUGUGUUUACGAAACGUCACGAAACGUCACGAAUUGUCUCAUCGGGCAUCAGACUCGAUCGAUCCUCGGAGCAACCUCAGACUCGGCUUCCUCUUAGCCAGCAGCUUCAUUUUACGCCGCUCGCUUCGUUUACGUCGAAGACCUUUUUUUUCGAAGUUUAACAAGAUUUUGAGAAAAGUAUUGAAAAAGUGACGCAAGCAAAAUGGAGUUCAAGUUCAAUGUGAAUAAACUCUUGCCCAGGAAAAUCAACAAGAUUGGACAAACACUGAUUCCGGAAGAUUUCAAGGGCGACCGACGGGAACUCAACGAAUGCCAGAGACAGCUGACUAAGGUCCUCGACGACAUGGGCGAGGCCUCCGCCAGGGCGCAAGGCCUGAACAAACCAAUAACCAGCGCCAUUAAGCUGAGGGACACCGACCACAUAGUCUACCUGCUCGUGGACAGAGAAGCCAACAAUGGCACCGGAUGCGUGGUCGGACUCCUGAAGACGGGCUCGAAAAAUCUUUUCAUGUUCGACGACAGGGGUGUGCACUAUCAGCUGCAACCCCGAUGCGUCCUGGACUUCUACGUCCACGAAUCCAGGCAGCGUAUGGGCUGUGGGAACGUCCUCUAUCAGCACAUGCUGGCGGAGGAGAACAUAACGCCGAUGAAAUUGGCGAUCGACCGGCCUUCCGAGAAAUUUCUCGCUUUUCUUCACAAGUAUUACGGGCUCUCGAGGAUAAUUCCGCAGAAUAACAAGUUCGUCGUAUUUCAAGGAUUCUUCGACGAUGAGACUCAGGAGACCAGAGGCAGCCGAUACAGUUUGCCUGCGAAAGCGUCGACCGAUGGAAACGCAACGAGUAACAAUACCAGUAGCAGCGUCAAUGGCGCGCAAUAUGGAGCCCCGUCGCGCAGCUCCUACGGUAGAUACGCAGCAGCUCGACCGCAAUGCUCUAUGGCCAACAUUAUUCAUAACACCGCAGUGCUUGGCCAGCCCGCCGAGCGGACCGGUGAAAUUCCUCCCCCGGUCCCGAAAAUGGAGCGUCCUCGUUCGCUGAGUCUGUACUCCGAGGAAGAGCAGAAGCAGCGCUCGAGCGAAUUAUCAACGGUGCCGACACCGGCAAUACCGGAUCACCAGGUGGCUCCAUUUGUCCCAAUUCUCUUGGAGGCUGAAAAAUGCGGGAACAACGUGAAACCCUCGCCGUCACCCUCGUGCGGCCAGGAGGUCGCCGGGAACGAGCACGCACAUCUCGACCUCAAGUUUUACCAUUCUCCCCUGUGGUAGAGCGUUACGAAUUCUUUGUCAGAAUCACGUGUUAAUACUCAUUUCGUUGUAUCUUUACGUAACAUGAAUUAAAAUUUGAAAUUUUCGUACUUUCCCAAACCAAAUGACAGCUGUCGUGCAAUCACUUUCGUUCAAUGGCAUUUGACAGCUACGUGAAAACGGGAUUCCUCGCUAUGUUCAUUGUUGAAAAAGGAUGCGUGUUAUUACUGGCAGUACCAAUAUUCACUGAUUCACUCUUUAUUUUUACUCAAAUGAUCAGCAAGGAGUUGCUGGAACGAGAAUGAGUUCAUUACGCCGUGUUGACCGCGAUGGCCAUUUUCGACACAUGUAGAAAAAAGCACCGGCACGGGUGAUCGUAGAACAUAUUUACGAUUUAUAUAGUAGGACAAACACAAUUAAUACGAUUGUAAUAUCGAAGUGUCAACAAAGACGUAGAAUGGAAAUGAACGAUAGUAUUAUGUGAUAGAGUUGUCCUCUAUGCAAUGUAUUCGCUUAUUAUGUAGCAGCAGCUUGGACACUUUUAAUUUUCACGAUCAACUAAAUGCGCCCUCUGCACUAUGGACCAAUAGCGGUAUCUGCCUUUCGCAGUUUUAAAAUUAUUCAAACCUAACCAUGUUUCUAAUAUUCAUGGUUUUAUUGAACUUUGGCCCAUUGUGUAAAAGAUUAUUAAACGAAACAAAUAUAUUUGCAUUUACAUUUCAGCCAGGUCAAUCCAAACAGGGGAAUGUUUUACCAAGAUUACAAGUUUUAUUUCUGAGAUGUGAUAGUGACUUUGUACCAACGGAUAAUUACGUUAUUUAUUUGUAUAUUAUGCAAUCUAUUAUUUUAUCUGCAAUACAUUCCACUAUUUAUGAGAUAAAGUAGCUCAUUUAGUUUUUUGUUAGCCGACAUUACAAGCAGUAAUGUUGUUCAUAUCGGCUUCAAGGCAUUGUGUAUAAUCGAUUAAAAAAAGUGGCUUCAAAAUAAUAAAAA